CCCUGCAAUUCUGCAGAGGAACCCCGAAACACGAAAUGACAUUUCUUACCGUCUUCAUUAGAUUUUUAGCUCGGCUACAUACAAUAAAAACCAUUUAAAAACAAAGCUUACUUUCCGUAAAGUGGAUUCAAUUUAGUUCUAUCUGAGAAGAAACAAUUCGCCAUUAAAAUGGGACAAAUAAUGGGUUCUUAUAAUGCCCGAAAUGUCGAUCUUUACAUGGACGAUAAACCAACUUUUGAUCCUCAAGACGGGUUUUCAUUCGAGCGUAAACAGCGAGAAAUGUUAGCGCGAGAUGAAGAUUUAAUUUCGGCAAGAAUACCUCCCUCCAAACGCGACUAUUGCGCUCAUCAUUUACUGGAAUAUCAAGUAUGUCGCUACAAAAAUAUGCCCAUGUUGUACCGAUGUGCUCAUGAGAAACACAAUUAUUUGAACUGUGAGCACCAAGAUUAUGUGCUCCGCAUGAAGGAGUUUGAGCGUGAACGUCGUUUGAGACUUCGUGAAAAUCGUCUCGUUGGUGUUGCUUAAAUGUGUUCAGCAAUUUUCUCUGAAUAUAUUGUAAAUAAAAUAGUUUGAAAUUAUA